AUGCCUGUAUUCUCUAGGUUAGCCGUUGCUGUUCAGCUCUUUGCUGUAAUCCUGUCGCCAGUUCUCGGUGCCGCCGCUAAGCCCCAGUAUGACUAUGUCAUUGUCGGAGGCGGUGUCACUGGAUUGAUUGUUGCCAACCGCAUCACUGAGGACAAGAGCAAGACUGUCCUUGUCGUUGAAGCGGGUGACAACGUCGAUACCGAUGCAACCAAGAUCCCAUACAAGGCCAAUGACUUGACCUCUGCGGCUGGUUUGAUUUGGGAGAACAUCAACUCCCUACCUGAGCCAGCUAUCGGCAACACAUCGUACCAGGUUGUUGUUGCCAAGGUCCUCGGUGGUGGAUCUGUCAUCAAUGGCAUGGUCUACGACCGCGGCUCAGCUGCCGACUACGAUGCGUGGGAGGCUCUCGGCAACAAAGGAUGGGGUUGGAAGGGAAUGGAAGAGGCCUUCAUCAAGGGUACCACUUUCCAACCUCCCACUCCCGAUGUUGUCAAAGACUUCAACAUCACUUGGGAUGAGUCGACCUACGGUAACGGACCGUUGACGGUCUCAAUCACAUCCAACCAAUAUGAGGAUAUCAAGGACUACUGGGCGGCGUGGAAGGCCACUGGAAUCUACAUCCCAGAGGAUGGAAACGCCGGCGAAGCCUACGGUCCUUCUUGGUACGCCAACACCAUGGAUGCGACCACUGGACGCCGCGCACAUGCUCGCUACGCGUACUACGACCCCAUUCAGACUCGUGCCAACCUCCACAUCCUCACAGGUACCACCGCCGACAAGAUCAUCUUUGACAACAAGAAGAAGCCGCUCAUGGCUACUGGUGUCGAGGUUACCGACAAGACUGGAAAGACUUCCACCUUCUACGCUAAGAAAGAGGUCGUCCUGGCUGCGGGCGCUAUCCAGACACCUAAGCUCCUUCAGCUCAGUGGUAUUGGCCCCAAGUCCGUCCUGAAGGCUGCCGGUAUCGACGUCAAGGUUGAGCUCGAUGCUGUAGGCUCCAACUUCCAGGACCACCCAUACGCCACCGUUGUCUUCAACACCACUUCCAACUACUUCCCCAACCAGAACUCGCUGAUGACCAACGCGACAUUUAACGCUUCCGCUUGGGAGCAGUACGUUGAGCACAAGACUGGUCCUUACACCUAUGCCCGCGGUAACGCCCUGGCUUUCAUCUCCCUGCCUGACAUUACCAAGGACUUCAAGUCUCUUAUCAGCACCCUUAACAGCCAGACCGCCACCGACUACCUUCCUAGCAUCUACAAGAAUAGCAAGAAGCUCGCCAAGGGCUUUGCUAAGCAGCGUGCAGUCAUUGCUGACAUCUUCGGCCGCAAGGAUGCCGCCGUGGCCGAGUUCCCCGUUCCCGCGGACGGCUCAUACGGUCUUGUCGGUGUCGAGAAGCCCCUGUCGCGUGGUACCGUCUACAUCGACGCAAAGAACCCCAACGGCCCUCCCAACGUCGUCUACAACGCCUUUGUCAACCCCAUCGACCGUAUGGUCAUGGCCGCUGGUAUGCGAUUCUUCCGCACCGUGUGGGCCCGCCCCGAGCUCGCCAGCCACAAGAUCUCCGAGACCGUCCCUGGUGCUCAAUACACCUCCGACAAGGAGAUUUACGAUGCCCUGCUUGCCCAGUCGAUGUUGUCCCCUACUCUCGCUCACCCAUCUGGCUCUUGCCCGAUGAUGCCUGAGAAGGACGGUGGCUGUGUCAGCGACAAGUUGAUGGUUUACGGCACACAGCAUCUGUCUAUCAUUGACGCUUCUAUCAUCCCUAUCAUCCCGUCUUGCCAUCUCCAGGCUACCAUGUACGGUAUUGGUGAGAAGGCUGCUGAGAUUAUCAAGUCCAGGUAG